AACUUCCUGGUUUGGUGGCUUGGAGGCUGCUUCUCUUUUACUUGGAAGUCUCUGCUAGUGAUGGACCCAUACGUGAUUCAGAUGCACAGCAAGGGCAACCUCCCCUCAGUUCUGGAUGUGCAUGUCAACGUCGCUGGGAAAAGCUCCAUGCUGGGAAAAAUGAAAGGCAAGAAGGCCAGAUGGUCCGUGAGACCCUCGGAAAUGUCCAACAAAACUUUCAAUCCUAUUCGGGCCAUUGUGGACAGCAUGAAAGUGCAGCCAAACCCAAACAAGACCACGAUUGCUCUGUCAAUUGGGGAUCCUACUGUGUUCGGAAACCUGCCAACGGACCCGGAAGUUACUCAAGCAAUGAAAGAUGCCCUCGACUCCGGAAAGUAUAAUGGCUAUGCCCCUUCCGUUGGCUACCUAUCCAGUCGGGAGGAGGUUGCUUCUUAUUAUCACUGCCCCAAGGCACCCCUGGAAGCUAAGGAUGUCAUUCUGACAAGUGGCUGCAGUCAGGCUAUUGAACUUUGUUUAGCUGUGUUGGCCAACCCAGGGCAAAACAUCUUAGUUCCGAGACCUGGUUUCUCUCUCUAUAGGACCCUGGCUGAAUCUAUGGGAAUCGAGGUCAAACUCUACAAUUUAUUGCCAGAGAAGUCUUGGGAAAUUGACCUGAAACAACUGGAAUCUCUGAUUGAUGAAAAGACAGCUUGUCUUGUUGUCAAUAAUCCAUCAAAUCCUUGUGGGUCAGUGUUCAGUAGAAGUCAUCUUCGGAAAAUUUUGGCAGUGGCCGCAAGGCAGUGUGUCCCCAUCUUAGCAGAUGAGAUCUAUGGAGACAUGGUGUUUUCGAAUUCCAAAUUUGAGCCUCUUGCCACCCUGAGUAGCAACGUCCCCAUCCUGUCCUGUGGAGGGCUGGCCAAGCGCUGGCUGGUUCCGGGCUGGAGGUUGGGCUGGAUCCUCAUCCAUGACCGAAGAGACAUUUUUGGCAAUGAGAUCCGAGAUGGGCUGGUGAAGCUGAGUCAGCGGAUCCUGGGACCCUGCACUCUUGUCCAGGGAGCUCUGAAAAGCAUUCUGCAUCGCACACCUCAGGAGUUCUACCACAACACUCUAAGCUUCCUCAAGUCCAAUGCUGAUCUCUGCUAUGGGGCAUUGGCUGCCAUCCCUGGACUCCGGCCCAUCCGCCCUUCUGGGGCCAUGUACCUUAUGGUUGGAAUUGAGAUGGAACACUUCCCAGAAUUUGAGAAUGAUGUGGCGUUCACAGAGCGGUUAGUUGCUGAGCAAUCUGUUCAAUGCCUCCCGGCAACGUGUUUUGAGUACCCGAAUUUCUUCCGAGUGGUAAUCACAGUACCUGAAGUGAUGAUGUUGGAAGCCUGUAGCCGGAUCCAGGAGUUCUGUGAGCAGCACUACCACUGUGCUGAAGGGAGCCAGGAGGAAUGUGACAAGUAGGCCGGGGUCCAUUCUCCUGAGGAUGCAUCCCAUCCAGCAGGGGAGGGCUGGACUGAGCCCUGCUGCCCCUCAGGGAGUCAGGUUCUCCUGCUGGGAGAGGGCCCUCUCAGACCAUGCCAAGGAUCCAGAAUUGCUCCUGCUUUCCCCUGAUGAUAUCCACACACACACUCUGAAUCCCAGAUUUUCAUCUCACUCGGCUCUGCUGCAGUGACUCACUCAUUCAUUCAUCUGCCCCUCACCCACGAGACUUCUUCCUUUUUCUCUUGAGAGUACUAGCUGAACAAAGUUACCCAAAAAACAGUAGAGAUAAGAAAAUUAACAGUUCAGAAUCAGGAGAAACAAAAGGUUGAGGGAACUUGUAUCGCCAACCAUGUCCUCAUACUGUAAGUAAGAACACACUCUAUCCAGGAAGGUCUGAAGCCCAACUCUGUUACUGCCUCACAUCAAGUAUACCUCACUUUAUGCAACAGUGCUAUAAUGAAAGAAGCUGGGGACAUAUGUACUUGAUUAAUUCUAGAAAUGAGAGAAAUUUGCUAAUUUGAUGGAUUCCUUGCAGAAACUUUUCAUUAAUUUUUUUGUAGAGAAUUAUUUUUUGAUGCAAAUAAAUAUCCUUUAAUUGACUGACUUUUUAACUUUCGAUAUAUGUGUAUCACACUUUCUUAAAAUGAGGGCACAUCUGUAAUUUAAAAAAAGGGGGAAUCAGAGGACCUUCCAGAAAUGCUGCUGUGUAAAGGUCAUAAAUACCCUCACUUGUCACUGUUAUAGAAUCAUUAUUAAUUUUGCUGUAACAUUGAUAUUGAUUUAUUGGUAUAUAUAUUAUCUUUUCCUAUGUUUACUAAAAAAAUUUAUAUUAAGAUCUUUUAUUUUGCCAAGGGUAUAAAUUAUUGUUUUUCUUUUUUUAAAAAAUAAAGUUUACUAAGUAUU